AUGACUGAAGCCGACGUCGCAACGAAAGCUCCUGAGAGCGAUGCUCAGGAGUCCCCCAUCCCGGGCGACACGCCGGCGCAGACUGGGCCUACCAUGGGCGAGCACUGCACGACGGACAGACCUACUCCCGCUGGCGAAGCUCCCAAGGGAGAAGUGAGGAAGCUUGGCGGAGUCGACGUCUACAUCGCGAAGCCGGAAUCGUACCCGACGAACCCCUCGAAGCUGCUUUUGCUACUCACAGGCGGCACCGGCCUCAAGUCGACGAACAACCAGAUCCAAGCCGACAAGUUUGCCGACGAAGGCUACGUGGUGGUGAUGCCCGAUAUGUUCGAAGGCGACCCUGCUCCCAACUCGACGACCGUUCCCGAUGCCGAGACGGAGGGAACGUCGUUCCUCGAGACAGUCAAGCUCAAGGCUGCCGAGACGGCCAAGUCCUUCAUGAUCGACAUGUGGCUGGCGCGACACACCGAGGAGAAGGUCAUGCCUCUGCUGGAAAAAGUCUUCCAUGCGUGCGAGGGCGAGUUCGCAGAUGCUGUUGGUAACGGUGGUGGUAUAUAUGCUGUCGGCUACUGCUUUGGCGGACGGUACAUCCUCCUGUUGGCAAGCGAGCGCACGCCGGCAUCGACAGGCUGGAGUGGUGCGCAGAAGCCGGCCGAUGAGGAGGCCGGCGAGGGCCAAGGCCCGACGAAGAAGGGCCCAUACAUCAAAGCCGGCGCGCUGGCGCAUGCGACGCUCGUGUCUCCGGAUGACUUCGAACAUCUUCAGGUCCCGGUCAGCUUGGCCUGCGUCGAGCACGAUCCCAUGUUUCCGGACGACGUCCGGGAAGCCGGAGAGGACACGAUGUCGAAGACUAAUGUUGAGCACGAAGUUCAGGUCUAUCCUGGUGUUCCCCACGGCUUCGCUGUGUAUGGAGACUACGAGGACGCGAAUAUCAAAGAUGCGCAGGCAACAGCACACGAGCAGAUGUUGAAGUGGAUAAAGGAGCAUUAG